AUGAAUUCACUGUGUCCCAGUUGUGACAAAAAACGGGGUUCUAUGAACAACACUAACUGGAUUCGGCAUAAGGAAUCUUGUCAUAAAAAGUCUAAGACUCUUAAAAAAGCUGCUUCCAGUACAAUUUCAAAAUAUUUUAGCAAAAUUGAAGUUAUUGAACAACCACUUUUGGAUUAUACAUUUAGUGAUAUUGAGAAACGAAGUGAGCCUAAUGAUCAAAAUUAUAGUAAUUCUUAUGUAAAUUUUGGAUUUAGUGAUACUGAGAAACUAUGUAAGCCUAUUGAUCAAGAUUGUAGUGAUUCUUAUGUAGAAGUAGUUCAGAAUAAUGACGAACAUAUUAUUGAUAGCAACUUGCAUGAGGUGAUUGAUGGAGUGGACAAAACAUUAUCAAUUUUUAAUUUGAAAAAUAUUGAUUUACAAAACUGUUUGUUUCCAAAUGAUCCUAUUAGAAUUCCAUCUAAGCUCUCACAUGUUUUGCUCAAUUAUUUUUUUGAACAAGGUGCGUGCCAACCCAGUCCUUUUGAUUUACCCAGUAAAAUGUUUCCAAAAACAAAAGACUCGACGGGAAAGUUACGUUCAUUUCACGAAUGUUACUAUUUUACAAAUAUUCCCACUAAACCAACUCCAAUUAAACGUCAGUGGCUGUCAUAUUCACCAACAGUAGACCAAAUAUUUUGUACAACUUGCAAACUAUUCAGUUUAAAAAAGGGCAAGAAUCGCAAUUUAGUAGACCAUGGAUCUAACAAUUGGAAACAUUUAAAAAGAACUAUUGAAAACCAUGAAUCCUCAACAGAACAUUUACAAGCAGAAAUAAGUUGUGGCAUUUAUACUAAAAAUCAACGUUUGGAUUUAACGCUUUUGCAUUCUGCUAAUCAACAAAUUGCUUCAAAUAGGGAAUUAUUGCGAGUGAUCAUAGAUGCACUUUUAUAUACUGCUCGCCAAAACAUAGCUCUCCGUGGACAUAAUGAAAAAAAAUCUUCCCUUAACAGAGGAAAUUUUUUAGAGCUUUUAAGUGUAUUGAGUAUUAACCAUGCUGGUUUAAAAUAUCAUUUAGAUCAAAUAAAUAUGUCUAAUACACGCCAAAGAGUAUCAUUUAUAUCAAACAGAAGCCAAAAUAAAUUAUUGAAUAUUAUGUCUGAAUCAAUUCGUUCACAAAUAUUAAAAGAUGUUAAGGAUGCAGGAAUAUUUUCAGUAAUCAUUGAUACUACCACUGAUAUAGCCAAUUAUGAACAGCUAACAUUUGUUUUGAGGUAUGUGAACAAUAGUGGUAGUAUUGAAGAACGUUUGGUAGCUUUGGAAACCACAGCUGAUGGAACCGGGCAAGGGUUAUUUAAAAAAUGUUGCAGUAUAACUGAAAAGUAUAAUUUAAAUUGGCGUCAAAAUCUAUGUGCGCAGUCCUAUGAUGGUGCCGCAUCUAUGCAGGACACUUGUGAUUGUUGUGAAGUAACGAAACAUUUUUUUGGUGAAGUUCAAGCAUUAGUUUCAUUUUUUCGGGCAAGAAAAAGAACUGCCACUUUCAUCGAAAGUCAACAGAAGUUAUAUCCAGGUGAUAGAACACGCCGGCUAAAAUGUUUUUCCGACACUAGGUGGACUUCACAUGGAAGGGUUAUAACUGUUCUUUUUGAAAGAUUUGGAGCAAUAUUAGAAACAUUAAAAAGGUUAGUAAAUGACAAUGAUAGAGUAACUUCAUCAGGUGCUAAAAGUCUUUAA